GAAAACAAUAAUAAAAUAUUGAAUGAACAUUAAACUAAUAAAUCAUAGAAAGAAACCCUAUUUAUCACAUCUCACAUCACCAUCACAGCAUCAGUGCUAUCAAAAACAAAAAGCUAAUCAUAGUGCUGAUAACAGAGAUAUGUCUAUCAUAUUAUAUUUUCUGUUAUACAUGUAGCCUCGCAAGACCCAUUGGUGCAGGUGGAAAUAUAUAUAUCCGGCUAUAUCAUAAUAAAAAUAUUUUUAAAAACCUGUGAAUCUGUGAACAACUCAGUGAACAAUAAUGUCUUCCUACCUCCGUGGUUCUACAAACUAUGUUUGGUCAACUACUAGCAUUUUGGGAAAAGGGGCCACUGCCACAGUCCAUCAAGGUGUGAAUAAAGUUAAUGGAGAACCUGUUGCAGUUAAAACAUUCAAUCACAUCAGCACACUUCGUUCUCCAGAGAUCCAGAUAAGAGAAUUUGAAGUUCUACAGAAAGUAAAUCAUGAAAAUAUUGUUAAACUUCUUGCCAUUGAAGAAGAACAGGAAAACAGAGGCAAAGUUAUUGUUAUGGAACUGUGUACUGGCGGUAGCCUUUUCAAUAUUCUAGAUGAUCCUGAGAAUACUUAUGGUUUGGAGGAAACAGAAUUUCUCUUGGUUCUGCAUCAUCUUUAUGAAGGAAUGAAACAUCUGAGAGAUAACAAUCUCAUCCACAGGGACUUGAAACCAGGUAAUAUUAUGAAGUUUAUCAGAGAUGAUGGUACAACGGUGUACAAACUCACGGAUUUUGGGGCUGCACGUGAGCUUCAAGAAGGCCAAUAUUUCCAGUCGCUAUAUGGAACCGAAGAAUACCUUCACCCUGAUAUGUACGAGAGAGCUGUGCUCAGGAAACAUGCCAAUAAAACAUUUGGUGCAACCAUUGACUUGUGGUCUAUUGGUGUCACUUUAUACCACGUAGCAACUGGAAAUUUGCCAUUUAGACCUUAUGGUGGUCGGAGGAAUAAGGAAACUAUGCAUCACAUCACCACAAAAAAGGAGAGUGGGGUGAUUUCUGGUAUACAAUCUAAAGAAAGUGGUCCCAUUGAAUGGAGACGUGAACUACCUAAUAAUUGUCAGUUGAGCUAUGGUCUCAAAAAAAUUAUAACUCCACUGUUGGCUGGUCUGUUGGAGGCUGAUCAUCGAAAAAUUUGGAGUUUUGAUAAGUUUUUCAAAGAGGUAGAUGUUGUUUUGUCGAGAAAAGUAGUAAACAUUUUUCACGUUAACAAGGCACAAUUGAUUAAAGUGUAUAUCUUGCCUAAUGAAUCUUACCAACACUUGCAAAACUAUGUUACAGAACAAACAGAAAUGAAAGAUACUAGUCAAAUUUUGAUAUAUCAAAAUACCCUGUUCAGAAAUUUCAUAGAAGAAUACACCUUAGCAACAGGUUUUCCAGCAACCACAAGAGAAGAUCCUUUGUUUUUGUUCAAUAGGGAAAACAAUAACAUAACAUUAGUGCCUGAUCAAGAGUUACCGAAAUUCAAUGAAUUUUCUAGUGUCAUGUCCGUAGAGAGUGACGCUUCCCAAGCAAAACUAGCUUGCAGUAUUGGACAUCAGUGUAAACGUCAUAUUGAAAAGUAUUCAUUGUUCUGUAAGUUGAUAUUUGACACAGUACAGAACUUCACAAAAUAUAUAAAUUCUGAGCUGAGACAGCUGCAUCAGGAUACACAACAUUUACUUGAUAAAACUAUGAUAUUUGAUAAGACUGCUCAGAUACUUCAGCUAUCACAGCAGAUAAGUCUUCAUAACCUCAAAACCAACUAUACUGAGAAGCUUGAUAAAAUUAGUAAGGAGUUCAUGUCAGUGUCUGCAAGUGGCGUGACGAAUUUACACAAAGUCCAUUGCUCAGAAAAUACACUGAAACUACAGUGGGACAGUAUUAGUAGGGAUUUGAAGUGUCCUUAUAAAACACUGGCCCCAGCUAGAGCAAAAACUCUUGUAGAAUAUCUCAGAGAUUCUUGGCAGCAUUUGGUAAGAGAUCGUGCAACUCAUACCCUAUCUUAUAAUGAUGAACAAUUUCAUUUGUUGGAAAGAAUCAAAAUUACACAGACCAUAAGCAAAUUGAGGUCUUUGUAUGAUAAAGAAGUACUUCCACAAUAUGAACAGUUAGCUGAAAACUUUGGGGACUGGUAUAAGAUGGCUCAGAACAUUCACCUGAAAUCAGAGAUAUUGAUUUCUGAUAUUGGCAAAUAUGAUGAUAAAUUGAGAGAGUUUGAAGAAGAAUUGACAAUCGACAAUGUCGAGUAUACCGAUUAUAUAAAAAGUAAUUUUGAUCAUGCUAACAAAAAUAAUCUUCCUAAGAAGAGUAGAAAUACUCAAAGUCAAAGACUGAAAAUGUGUUUGAAUGAGUAUCGUAAAGAGAGUGAAAAUAUCAAGGAAAUACUUGUUGAAAAUACCUUACUUAUGAAUAAACUAAAUGAUUCUACUAAGAACUUGGAGAAAAAGUUUGAAAUUGUAAAUUAAUGUUCUGGAUAGGAAUAUUUAAAAAUUUCAGGUAGGUAAAUUGUCAUUCCAUUAUACAGUGCUUUCGUAAAGUACUGAACACAUUAAAUUUUAGCCAAACCAUUCCAUUUCUAAGGAAUCUCCGGAAACAGGUCGAUUCUAAUUUUCAAUUUUCAACUUUUAUAAAGGAAAAUUUGAGGAUGAUCCAAGUUUGAGUUAUGACAUCCACGGCAAUUCCAUUGGAACAUCCUAUAUAUUAUCGAAUAGGGUUUUGUAUACAGUGCGUCCGUUAAAUUAAGUGAUCUCGUAAAGAAGUUGAUACAUUCUUUUUUAGCCAAACUAUCAUUGAGGAAUCUAUGAAACUUUUGCCAUAUUCAUGAGGAAAAAACUAGGUAAACAGGGUGAUCCACGUUUGAGUUAUAACGUCCGCUACAUUUUUUAAAAUGAAACACCUUAUAUAUUAUUCAAUUUUUGGAAUUUCCAGGAGAAGCUGGAUUC